AUGUCGGGCGAAAGCUCGAAGACGAGCUCUUCUCGAACACAGAGCGUCGACUUUCUCAGCCACGACUUACCCGCCUCCAAACCCCCGAUACAUACCUUCGACGUUGAAGACGCCCGACCCACUCUCGACAUACAUCAGCCGCCCGCGGGGGCUUCGUUGCAAGGAUCCGCCAACAAUCUGCGCGAGGACCUCGUCCGAAAGUCGACCUUCCUGGUAUUCCUCUUGGCGCUCGAUAAAUAUGCACGCGAGUUGACUCUGGAUAAUACUCAUCCCAAACCUUUCCUCGACAUUGACUUCCAUGUUCGUGGCCGCCACAUCUCACUGCCUCUCGAGAGAACCUGGCUGCGACUCACUCGGUUCGUGCCGAGCCAUCUGCUGACCGUUGUCCUCGUUGCCGCAUACAUCAUAUCAUUAGCCUUCUUUGCAAGAGCCCAGUUCUUCCAGACUCCAGCCGACGCUUUCAUCAGCUGCACGGCUACUUAUUGGCUGUCUGAAGGCAACUGCGGCCUUGAUGGCCAGGCAUGCGCCCCAUUCAACGCUCGUCGCUCGAGCGUCAUCCUGGCCAACCCGCGGACCGUCGGAGACGAAGAGAUGGACUUUGUGCCGUUGAUUGUCGGCGGAGGCGAUGCGAACCGGACCUAUCGCGGCGACAGCUUCAUUUGCGCUGCUGCAAUCCAUCCGGACUGA